AUGGCUGCAGUUGGAUUAAUCGGAAAAGCAAGCAGAGAAAAUCUAAACUAUAUUGAGAAGAUCAGAAGUGGCGAUAUGGAGGAGUCAACUGAGGACAUUGAAGCUCAGAAAAAGGACAAUGAAAAGAAAAAGCAAUUGUUGGAGAGAAGUUCAUGGUGGAUAACUACAAUAAAAGAAACACCACCCCCAGGGACCUAUAAUUUGCCGGAUUUUCUCCAAGAUGCCCAUUUUAACCCCGUACAGAAAUCUUAUAAUUUCAAAGGGCAGGGCAGGAAAAUGAAGUUACGCACGGCAGGGUCAGGCGAGAUGCUGCUACCUGGUUGCUACAACUUUCUUGAUCUGGCUUCCUUGACAUCCAAGCUCCCGCAGACGUACUCGUUCAAGAAUUCAUCGAGACAAGUUAUCCACCUCGGCAUCAAAGAUAAGGAAAUCAAUACAGAUCCGUGUCAGUAUAAUGUUGUUGCUCAACCUCAAGAGCCUCUCCCAUGCAAGCAUUCUAUGUUUCGUUCCGGAGUUAGGAGAUUUCCAACAAUCUAUUUUGCACCAAAAGAAGGUCCGGGCCCUGGAGAAUAUAAUUUAAAAGCCGAUGUCUCUCGUGGUAUUUCAUCAUGUUUCAAGUCAAAUGUACCCAGACUGCACUCAUCUUAUUCUAAGACUCCGGGUCCUGGAACAUAUGAUCCAAUGUGACAGCCUCUGAAACCACGACCCACAGUUGCCAAAAUGGGAAGUUUAAACAACUGCUUUUUCUGUAAUUCAUUUGACUUUUAAAUUGUGAAUCA